AUGCAUCAAACGCAACCUUCGGGCAAACAAACUCUCAUCAGUCGCCUCAAACACUUAUGGGGUAGGACACUCCAAGAAGACCCAUCACUCUUCUCCGAUGAUGAUAAUUUCUUCGAGGUUGGUGGAGACUCUAUAUCCGCCCAGAAGCUUGUCGAAGCCGCAGAGGCGGAAGGCAUACUUCUGACAAUCGAGCAAAUAUUUAUUAAUGCAUCUUUAACGGAGAUGUCUAAUGAAGCUCGUCUUACGCAAGUGACCGAAACAGACGUUAUUAUCAAUGAAACUAUGGACAAACCUUUCGAUCUCGUCAGUGGAGAUAACUCCCUGCUAAGACAUGUUGGCACAAUCGCUGAGCAAUGCCACGUCUCGCGAGAAAAAAUUGAGAAGAUUUAUCCUUGCAGCCCUAUGCAAGAGUCAUUGGUGGCGGAGAUUGACGGAGUUCAGAAUCUGUAUGUCAGGCAGUUGGUUUUCAGGUUGCUCGAUGAAAUUCCCUUAAAGAAUUUUCAACAAGCAUGGGAACAGACCAUUCGUCAAAACCCUGUUCUGCGUACCCGCAUCUGCAAUAUAGAUGGAAGAUUUGGAUAUAUCCAAGCUGUAUUGAACGAGGAAAUACAGUGGAAUACGGUUGAUCUUAACAUCGAUCAAUUUCUACAACAAGAUAUAGCCGUUCACAUGCAGCCAGGUCACCCAUUUUUUCGAUACACGAUAGUGACUGAUCGAAAUAACGAGAGGAAGACAACGGAAAAAUAUUUUGUUUGGACUGUACAUCAUGCACUUUGCGACGGGGCUUCUCUUGUUGAGAUUCUUGAAGAUGUUGCAAUGCGAUUCAAAGAUGAGCCAGUACCGCAGCGCGAGCCCUUUGAGAAAUUCAUCCAAUCUCCCGUGGUUCAAUUGGAUCAAGUACAGGAAGAAAAGUUCUGGAGGCGAACUAUGUCAAAUAUUAAUCCAACGUCCUACCCACCACCAUCACACACUCCUGAUUUCCACGCCGAUCCUUCUUCUAUAAUGAAGCACACUAUUACUCUUGAGCGUCUCCCGCCGUUCGGUUUGACAAAGGCCCUAUUACUCCGCGCUGCAUGGUCUGUUCUAAUGUCCCAUUAUACUGGAACUGAAGACGUCGUUUUUGGAGCUAUAAAUAACGGACGAGCUGCAGCUGUUCCUGGAGUAUCUCAAAUGACAGGCCCAACGAUUAACUUAGUUCCUGUGAUAUGUCAUGUCGAUCCAAAACAAUCAGUUGCAUCUUUCUUUUCUACUAUUCGACACCAGGCAGCAGAGAUGAUGAACUUCGAGCACACUGGUAUGUCGAAGAUUCGCCAAUACCUAUCGUCUGACAGUCCCACGACUGCCGACUUUCGAACUUUGUUUAUCGUUCAUCCAGCAGACUUCUCAACUGCAACAGCCCCGGCAACAAGAAAGAUAGGCCUCGAGUACGAUGACAACUUGGGCAAAAAGGAACAGCACGCCUAUCCCUUGGUAGUUACAUUCACUUUGUCGACUAAUACACUCGUCUUGAUGGAGUUACAAUAUGAUGAAGGAGUCAUUACAACUAAGAACGCUGAGAACAUAGCCCACCAGUUUCAAGCAAUCAUCACACAAUUAGCUAGCGCGAGCAAGGAGACUUUAUUGGAGUCAAUAUCACCGCUGAGUAAUCAUGAUAUUGCUCAAAUAACAGAGUGGAACCAGACGACCCCUUCAGCUGAAAACACAUGCAUAGAUCAUUUGUUCCACGAGCAAGUGUUAAAACAGCCAUACGCAGAGGCCGUUCACUCACUAGGGAGGUCUCUAAGUUAUCUUGACGUUGAGAACUACUCAACUUCGCUUUCUCAGCAGCUUGUCAGAAGUGGUGUGUCGCCUGGUGACUUCGUGGGAGUGUGCUUUGAAAAGUCUAUCUGGACAGUCGUGGCCAUCCUAGCAAUAUUCAAGGCUGGUGCUGUUUAUGUGCCAAUCGAUCCCGCACAUCCUCGUGGGCGCAUAAUUGAGGUGAUAAAUACUGUGGGAAUAAAAGCAGCACUGGCAUCGGAUUUGGGUGCCGGUAACUUGGCAGGGCUCUGUGAGACUAUAGUUACAGUCAACGAUGAUUUGUCGUUCUCUCCACUAGUUAAUAUACCGCCAACCAGAAGUACACCAUCUAGCACUGCAUACCUACUCUUUACUUCUGGCAGUACUGGAAAACCAAAAGGAAUUCUCAUGUCUCACUCUGCGAUCUGUACGUCGAUCAUUCAUCAUGGAAGAGCAUUUGGUGCUGGAAACCAUUGGAGAACACUUCAAUUCGCCGCACAUACAUUUGACCUUUCAAUCGGCGAGUUUUUCACGACACUUGCCUUUGGAGGUUGUGUUUGUGUUCCGUCUGAGUAUGAACGAAUGAAUAAUUUAGCCGCGGCUAUCUCGUCUUUGAAGGCAAAUACAUUGUUGGUGGUUCCCACUGUUGCAAACUUGAUUUUCCCUGAAGAAACUCCAACGCUCAAGACAAUUGUUCUGGCUGGUGAACCUAUUACUAGAGAGACUAUCCAGAGGUGGGCCGGCCAUGUUCAGUUGACUGAUGCUUAUGGGCCAUCUGAAACUGCCGUCUACUGCUCAGGAAAUAUAAAUGUUUCCAUGGACGCACACCCAGCACAUAUUGGCCGAAGCAUUGGAGCUACAAUGUGGAUAGUCAAUCCUGAUGAUCAUCAGAAAUUAAGUGCUAUCGGGUGUGUAGGCGAGAUUGUCAUUUCUGGCCCUCUGCUUGGUGGAGGUUAUUUCGAUGACAAGUUGAAUACGGACGCAGCUUUUGUGCCAGCCCCCGAAUGGUUGAAAGCGCUUAACCCAAGGAGCCCAUUUCAAAAGAUAUACAAGUCUGGCGAUCUGGCACGUUACAACUCCGACGGCACAUUCCAUAUUGUCGGACGAAGAGAUACCCAAGUUAACUUGCGUGGUUUCCGUAUUGAACUGGGAGAGAUUGAGAACCAAAUCAUGGCGACCGGGGCAACAACUGCCGCCCUGGCUCACUUACCCAAGCAAGGCCCCUGUACAAACCAGAUCGUAGCUAUUGUUAGCUUUGGCAGAUCUGAUUUGGAAAUGAACAAUGGGACAAAUUACGCCAUAGCGAUUGCGACGUAUUCGGAAAGCACAAGUGCCUACUUGGAGAAGCUUAAGCGACAUCUCUCACUAUCCCUUCCAGAGUACAUGUUGCCAUCAGUAUGGAUUGUGUUGGAAAAGAUGCCACUGCUGAUUUCUGGUAAAGUUGAUCGAAAAUUGUUAAAGUCAUGGGUCCACGGAAUGACGUGGGAAACAUAUGGUGAGCUGGUACAGGGCUACAGUCUCAGUGAAGCAGUAGAGGUCACUCCAGGAAGCACAGCAGAGACCUUACAAAAGCUGUGGAGUGAAGUUUUGAACGUGCCCAGUGCGCGCAUAGGAUUGACGACUUCUUUCUUCUCACUUGGUGGUGAUUCGAUAUUUGCCAUUCAGCUUGUGUCUAAAGCUAGGGAGAUUGGCCUUUCCGUUACAGUUCGUGCCAUAAUCAGCGCAAGGACUUUGGGAAAUCUUUCUGUCAUUGUUGAGGAAACUCUGGGGAAUGUCAUAAAAGCGCCCAAAGAGCUUGACGGUCCUCGAGAAAAUGAUAGCUUGAAGCCGUACGAAGAAGAGCUCAAAGUACGCCUUCAACCGGUACAGAAAACGCCGGUUCAAGUUGAGGAUGCAUAUCCCUUUUCUCCGAUACAACGGGAAAUUUUGAACCAACGAACGAUCAACCCUGGGGUAUUUCUCUUGUCAUGGCGCAUGGAGGUGACCUCACGGACCUCCCAGCCCAUCUCUUUAGACAGGCUUACACGUUCCUGGAGACGUGUUGUUCAAAAGUUUCCGAUACUGCGAAGUAUAUUCCUCACUGGUUCGGCGACAAAGGCUCCUCCGGUGCAAGUAGUUAUGGCGAACGCUGAACCAACAAUUGUUACAUCUGUAGCAUUACCUGGAAGCCCAGAACCAAGUUUCGAAGAUCAUGGAGUACCACACGUUGACGAAUGCUUUUUGCCCCAUCGUGCACACUUCUAUCAAUACGAGGGCAAAUUCUUUCUUCACAUUGAAUUGGACCACUUGGUUAUUGAUGGGUGGUCACUUAAACUAAUUAAAUCUGCUCUCCUGACCGCAUAUGAGACAGAUGAAGACCCUGAGCUGCAUUUCCUCGAGGAACCUCCAUCUUAUAAGUCCUUCGUUGCUGCUCAUCACUCUAAUCGUGUCCAGACAGACUCUAAAUACUGGACUUCUGUACUCCGGGGUCUGCAACCAUCACUGCUGGACUUCCCUACAUCUUCUUCAUCUGAAAUCGAAUUCAAACCAAGCCCUAGCAAGACUAUCGUUGAUUUACCCACGGUACCAGUAAGCUCACUGACUGCUUUCUCUACCGACAAUGGCAUUACUUCCGCUAGCGUCUUCGACGCAGCGUGGGCACAGACACUUAGCGCUUAUACAAAAUCACCAGAAGUUGCAUUCGAAUACGUGAUAUCUGGACGUGAUGAAGAAAUUGAAGGAGUAUUUGAUGUCGUAGGGCCGCUAAUUAACGUUCUUGUUAAUCACCUCAGUGAUGUUUCGUCUGAUGACAGUGCUGUCGAGAUUGCACGGCUAGCUUACAAAAUACAAGAACAAAGGGCACAGGAUACCUUACACAGCUCAAUCAAUAUUCGAGAAGUUAUUCAACAGGAACUAAAAAUAGACAAACUAACCAACACGGCUCUCAACUUUCAAAGACGUCCCACGGCAGUCGAAACAGAUACCCUGUGGGUAGAUGACAAUAUACAAAAGUCAAGAGAUCCUUGGCACUUCGACGUUCUAGUCAGGGUUAUGCAUAUAACCGACGAUGCUACUUUCCGAUUGUCAAUGGAGUUUGAUAGUAAAUUAUUUAACGAAGCCAAAAUGCGAGAGGUAGCAAAUGACUUUUAUGGCAGAGUACAAAAGACGAUUACGUGA